AUGCUAGCUCAAACCAGCCUCCAACUAGUAAAAGAAUUAAAACGCUCCCAACAAAGCAAAUUACCUCCUUAUGGUGAAGAUAAAAUCCGAAUUUGUUUGGAAGAAAUGCGAGUACUAUAUGAUGCAAAUCAUCGUGAUGUAGCCCUUGUAUCUAACUCGUCGUCUGGGCCAUCAUCAUCAUUAUAUGAAACAGAUGAUCAUAGUAAUAAAAUUCAAUCUGUUUUAGUCAGACAUGCUAUCUUGGAACGUAAUAAACGUUGUCUUCUUGCCUAUCACCAUGCUAGAUUAAUGCGGAUCAAAGAACUACGGUGGGAAUAUGGUAUCAUUUUACCUAAAGAUAUCCGUGAUAAUUUAUCGGAAGCGGAACAAGCAUGGUUUAAACACUAUUGUAGUUGUUUGGCAAACUUCAUGCAGGCUGAUGGAUCGGAACGUGGAGGCGGUGGAAUGCUAGAUUUAACACAAUAUCGUACACCACCAAAAUCAUUAUUUCUAGAAGUCCGUUGUCUUCAAGAUUUUGGCGAAUUCGAAACAGAGGAUGGCAGUAUUUUACAUUUAACAAAAGAUUGUACAAUCUCUCUCCCUUCUUGUUCAUAA